AUGUCAGCUCCACCACAACAGCCACCACCACCACAAGGAACAUAUAUGACACCUGAUGGAUUGUUGGUUGGACAGAUGCCAUAUAGGUUAGUUAAAUUGGAGAAGUUAUAUAGUUUUCAGGAAGGGGGGGUGUGGGAGCAAGGUUGAAGCGGAAAAACAUAGGGUGAAUCAUUUUUGGUUAUUAGGCUGAAAUAAUUUAAAAGUUCGAAGAAGGUCACGAGGUUCAAAUUUACGACUUUCUGAAUCAUCUUGAAGAGUCUUACAUAUAUGAACUUUUAGAAAUUCUAGAAGCGACUUAUAGUUUUCUGUAAUUAAUUAUCAUAAUUCUGUGUUCAACCAUCUCUCUGAAAAAAGUUAUAAUUUUUAAUUUCCGUACUUUAUCCCUAUUCGAGUCUUCUUAACUGUAAACAUUCCAUUUUUGCUCUACGUUUUUUUCCAAAUUCUUAAAAUUAUAGAAACUAGCCUGACUAGCAGAGCAUUCCAUACCGCACCUACAGUAAUCUUUGACCAGCGGCAUGUUUCAAAGUGUUAUCAAAUAUUUUUGAGAGAGAAUUUAUUUUCUCUCAUUACAUCUGAUAAAUAAUUACCGUAGUUUUUGAAAAAAAAUGCAACAUCUGAAAACUCACAUGAAUCGGUGUUCAAAGAACCACAUGUUUGUAAUCAUCAUUUUGAUUUUUAAGCAUUCUUUAGUUUUAAGUAGAAUGAAUGUUGCGUCCAGAUUUUGUUCCGUAAAUAAUAUAUUUUCUCCUCAUCCACUUUUAUCCGGAAAUGAAACGACUAGUGCGCACAAUAAGAAUAAUAUACGUAUAAUGGAUUUCGAUAUAACAAUUAAAUAUAAUAGUGGUCCCUUUUUCGCGUUUAUUUCAUCGCUCCUAAUUUUUUUGGAAGAAAAUAGAAGAGAAAUAAUGCAACAUUGUUUAUUUUUUAAUCAAAUAAAAUAGCAUCGCAGCCUCAUGUAAUCAAUCCAAAUUGAGUUUUCUGCCGGCUCAUUUGUACCACUACCACCACUAUUCUAAUCCGCAACUACUUUCUUCUUGCUAUUUCUUUUGUUUUUCUCUUUUUUGUGUUUGCAACCUAAUUUAGAACAAUUUCUUCGAUACAUAGAAUGGAAAAUGUACUUUACAGCAUUGGUGGAUUUUUUUUUGAGUUGAGUGAAUUAUGAUCACUUUCCGGAGUCGUUGAUAAAUGUGCACGGAACAACACAUUUAUUAUGAUUUUUAGUUGCACCGAUCUUCAGGAAGAGAAAAAAGCAAUUUGUCAGCGCAGAAAUGUGUAAAAAUUGACUCACUUCAUCAAACAUUUUUUUUUAGAAAAAUGAAUAAAACUGUGUAGAUAGCUCCGCCUAAAAGUCACACCUUUCAUUGAAAAAACUUGAGCCCAAAAAACUAAUUGCUCAAUUUCUUGAUCAUUGUCACGUUUAUUACAUCUCGACGGCGUUUCAUAUAUUGUUUAAUGGCAUGAAGAGGACCAGAGAAAUAAAUAAAUUGAAGGAACAAAAAAUAUAGAUGACAAAAAGAAGAAGAAAAAUCAUUUGCUUCUUCUCCUAUUAGUGCGAACAAAAAACCGCUGGCUUCUUCUUCUCCCAGAAUUUUUUUCUAAUAAAUUUUACACAACAAUCGAGGGUCAAUGUGUGGGCAUUCCAAUCUUGAAGUCACUUUUUGCAUUGUUGUAAUCAAGUCAAGUCAUGUUACCAAAAACGGUCACACUUUUUUCUUUUUCAUAUCUCGGUUUCAAAUCUUUUCCGAACAGUAAACUAAACUAAGAACUGUUUUUUUCAUGCAUUAUUUUCAUUACUGUUUCUUCUUCUUCUUCUUUUUUUCAUUCUCCUUUUCGACAUGUGAUUGAAGGUCGUUUCUUCUUCUUGUUUUUUUUGUAUGUGUAUGCCUUUCUUUCACAAUAUUUUUCGUAAACACUCUUUUUUUGAAAUUUGUACCUAUCAGCAUUUUUUUUUCAUAUUUUUUCGUUCCAAUCGGUAUCACUUUUUUUACGAUAAAAUGAAAAAAACAGAACAACAUAGAUAACAUUUCAUUUCAAUAACACUUUUACUGAUUCAACUUGACAAGUCAAUCAUUUUUGAUUUUUAUUCUACCAAAAAUUAUAUAGUUAGAGGAGAAGAACCUGUCUGUUUAAAUAAAAAUUCAUUUUUUUCAUUUGUUGAAAAAUAAAUAUAGCAAAAAUCAAUAAAUAAUACUAAUAAUGAAAAUUGGAAGCAUAUGUGUUUGUGAGUGAGUUUUUGAGGUCCCACCCAAUAUAUAUAAAUUUUGAUAAAUUAAUAUUAUUUGCAUUUUGUAUUAUUGGUUUGUGUGUUUGGCGAUACGCACCACCUCCCUCAUCCCUUUUGAUGUUCAGAAACAACACAUUUUUUAGUUUUUUUUGUUUUGUUUUUCUUUUCUUUUUGAUGAUCAUCAUAAUUCUCAUCAAUAAGAAAAUACUAUAGAAUAGAAUGAAAAAUAAAUAAAUAAACAAAAAUAAAUAAAUUCAUUUCGAGAGUAUCGUUUUGCAUUUUGGUAAGGUGACGAAAAAGAAUGAGCAAAAAAAGGCGCGACAUUUGAGCCUGCACGCUUUUUAUAUGUUCUGUUUAUAUGUGCUCUUGAUUUUCUUCUUCUUCUUCUUCUUUUCUUUUUCCUUUUUUAUUUUCACACCCACCUCAAGUACCUAACUCGCUUUUGUGUCAAUCAAAAAAACAGUUGAUGACCAACCUUGUUUUUUACUGUUUCAUUUUUCAUUUCUCACUUUUCUAUUUUUCAUUUCAAAAAAUUGAUUGAGAUCAAAUGUUCAAUACACUCAUGCUACAGUAAUUUUGUUUCGAAAUACUAAAAAAAAACUCAUUUAGCUCAUCUCAUCUCAUAAAAAUGUGGCUAUUAUCAGAGCAUCUUUCAUCCCAUUCCAACUGGCACCAAAUAACCACAACAAUAAAAUAAAAUAAAAUGAAAUGAAAUGAAAAAAGUGCCCAAUUGGUUUUUCCUUCUCUCUGUCACUACUAAAUGAGCCAAAUAGAUUCAUUUCUUUUGUUCUUGUAUCUGCUUCUCUUUUUCAUUUCAUUUUCCAAACAACAAAAAACCCGCCUAUCUAAUUUGAUAUUCAUUCUUGUCCUUCCUUCUGCUCCUCGAUACAAUUCAAAAAUGCAUUUAUUUUUUUUUCGCGUUGGUGCCAAAACCCAAAAGUGCACACAAACAGACAGAAGUCGAGUUUGACAAAUCGACACACUUUGGAUCAUCACUCAUUCGCUAGUUUUUUUCUUUCUACGCUUUUCCUUCCGUUUUCUGGGUUUUUUUACUUCUGGUUUUUUUCCAUUCAGUACAAGAUAUGUUUCAAAAUUUUUUUUCAAAAAAAAGAGCUUUGGCAAUCCAAUCAAAAAGUGUAAUUGCAACUUGUCACAACACUCUCUAUCUUUUUUGUCACAUUUUUUCUUGAAAACAAUUUGACCCAAAAGUUCGUUUAAUUAGGUUAAUUCGAAUCAUCUCGUUUUUAUCAGUUUUUUGAGACAUCAAACCAAUAAAACAUAAAAAUGGUACAUGAAAGAAAACACCGCUGAAAAAAAGUUUCACACAAUUUUUUGUUGUUUUUUCAUUAUUUUUUCGAUUUUUCAUAUGCCUCUCUUAUCAUGUAUCAAAACGAUUGGUUUAAUGUGAUAAAAAAUUGUGUGGUGUAUGUGUGUCUGUUAUUUAUUUAUCGAUUGAUUAUUUUUUAUGUGUUGUUGUUUUUUUUUAUCUGACUCAUCAUUUUUGAUGAAAAAAACUCUUUGUUUUAGGCGGUUCUCUUAUGCUUCUCUUCUUUUUUUCAUAAACAAUAAUAAAUUAUCGCAAAAAUCGUAAAACAUACGGCUCAUAAAUUAUAAUAAAACUUUCUUUCUUUUUUCUUUUUUUUCUCCGAAUUCACUCUAUGGUUACAUAUAUGAAUGUUUAUUUUUAUGGGCUGGCUCAUGUGCUCUUUUCCUGAUUUUUUUGAGGAAAAAACAAACUUCUGUUUGAAAAUUUCUGUUAGCUAUUAGGAUAUCCUGAAUGACUUUUUUUUUUUCAAAAAAAAAGUAAAAUUCAUUUCAACGUUCGAAGUCUAUAGUUCAUACUAACCAAAAACCAAAUCAAAAAAAAUUUCAAAUAUUUUUUUCCCGAAAAAUCCAUUAUACCAUUCCAUUCAUACACACAAACAUACAUCGAUCUUUCUCCCUAUUUUUCUCUAAAUCUCUCAAUUUUUCAGCCGAUGCUCUUUUUUUCUCGCGCACACACACAACACAUAAACCAAUCCCCCAUUUUCAAACUACUGUAGCUGGAAAAGAGGCGUGGCCUAAUGCGCGAAAAUAUUGCACACACUAAAUUGAAGCUUUUCUUUUGUUGUUUGUGUUUGUAGCUUCUGAUACUUUCUUCUUUUCUUUUAUUGAUAUUUUUUCGAACACAAAUUAGGACCAAAGCUCUAAAAUAGUAAAAAAAAAUAGAAAAAGAAAAAAUAGAAAAUUGGGGGCUCGUAUAAAAUGAUGAAUUGGCUCCGUUGACUGGCUCAAUACAUACAUACAUACAUACAUGUAUUCAUUUUCUGGUUUUUUUUCUUGCCAUGUAAAGAAAGAGUAUUUCAAAUAUUAUUAGUUCGACAGAUCGAAAAGUGAAAAAAAACGCCUAUAAGAGGAGGGUUGUGUAUGUGUCGGUGGGCAUGAAAAAAAGGUAAAACUGGUUUUCUUUCUUUUUUCCUCUCGUUUUUUGUCAUUCUGCCAUUAUUGAAUGUAUAUAUGUAUGUAUUACUGCGAAAAAUUCGCGGGGUUUUUUCUAUUAUUUGUUUAUUUAUUUAUCUGGCUUUGUUUAUGAAUUAUCUAAUAACAAUCAAAAUUGUAUAAUUUUCAUUUCACACCUUUUUUUCGUAACAAAAAUAAAAAGGACCUGUAUAGUUAUAGUGAUUCACCCUUGCAUUUUUUCCGUUUCAUUUGUUUAUUUUUUCAUUUCUUCCUCUUUCCCGAUGAUUCGAUUUUCUUACAUUUUUCAUUUUUUCAGAAUGUUUGAUGAAAACAGUAAUGCUGCUGCCGCCGCAACGACAGUAGCUGCCGCUUCAUCGCUAGCCGCUGCCGCUGCAUCUGCACCUAAUGCUAAUAUUGUCUCACAGUUGUUCAAUGUAAAGGAUAGCCGAUGGUUACAGGUACAUUUUUAUUUGAGAAUUAAAAAAACAUGUUUGAUCUACUAGUGAAAAAGAAAGUUAGUUUCUAUGAAAAUUAUGGAAAAUAAAACCCCAAAAAUGUUUUUAAAAAAAAACUCGUGAUAAAUAAAUACCAUACCUAAAUAUUUUUAUCAGAGUUCAAAAAUUCCAAAUUUCGAAAUCACAAAAUAGUUUCACUUCGAUCUUUCUAAUAUUUUCAAUAACAACUGGUUCCAGUUUCAGCAGCAAUUUCAAUUUCUAGUCAAAAUCUUUUCAAGUCAUCUUUUUCAAAUCCUUUGGGGUUGUUUUGUUUCCGUCAAAGAUUAAAAGUUUCGAUAAAACCCCACACCCAAAAAAACUUUCUCUUUUUUCUUCUUUCGUUUUCUCCCAAAGUGCAUGCAAAAAAGAAGGAUAUAAACUUUUUGAAACCCAUCGCGCAAUUAGCAUUUUGAUGUCUAUUCUUUUGGGACACGCACGGAAAUGGUGGAUGAAGGCAGACAAAAAAAGGGGGACUUUUUUGAUAAUCCAAUUUGACUUCGAAAUGAAUACCAAAAUACGAAGAAAGGAUAGGAAGUAAUAGGAGACAUUUUUAUUCAUGGGCAAAAAUGAAUAAGAAUUGAAUGUCAUUUUGAAUGCCACUACCAAGAAGCAUCUUACUUCCCACGAUUGUUUGAUUAACCACACAUACACUUUUUUUUCGUCUUCCACGAAAAUGAGGACAAACAAAAAGUCGCUCCCAAAUUUGGGGCCUGAAUAGCGAAUUAGAAGAAAAACGACAUUUUUGAAGCAAGCAAGCAAGAAAUUGUAAAUAUUUAUUAUUUUUUUUUGGAAGCGCGGGGGGACAAAUAAACAUCUGGCGACCGCUUCGGCAUCAUCAGUUUUGUUGUUUUGUUUCAAACAAGAGAAAUUUGUGUGUUUUUCAAAUAAAAAGAAGCGAAAAAUACGGAAGCAUAUUACGAAAUUUGCAAGGGGUUAGAAAAUUGGGGGAACGGUUUCUAUCUCACAGAAAAUAUAAUAUUAAAUUUUUUCGCCAGAAAAUCAUCAUUUAAAUCAGUCUCAAAAUUGUUCCCAUCCAUUUCAAUCACAUUUUCCAGCAGUUUCCUGUUUGAUGUCAAAACCACCUGUACACCCCGACCCCUCCCGCCCUUCAAAUUUUGUCGGUUCCCCCAUUUCCUCUCGUCUCUAGAAUAAUUAUCGUCAAACCACUGGAAAAAUUUAAUUUCCGUUAUUUCAAACUACAGUAGUUGUAAAAAAAGAUGAGUAGCCAUUUUUUUCUAUCCCAAAUUGCACUUUUUGUUCGAAAGAGCACAUUGGAAGACAAAAAAGAGAAUAGAAUGCGCCGGACGGGUUUGGGUUAAUUAAGUUUUUUCCUUCUUCGUCUUUUUUUGCAGAAACACAAGCCAAUUUCGAAAAACUACUGUAUCACUUAUUUCGUAAGAAGGGUUUUCUCAUAUUGAUGAGUUAGGGGGUUUUUUUCAACUAGUUUUUAAACGGAUUAUGUAAAAUGUAUGAAACUCAAAAGUAUAAUAGGAUUACAAGGAACAGCCACAUCAAAAUUUAAAUUCGAUAUAAUUUAAAUGAAAUACGUAUAAUUUUGUUGCAGGUAGAAGUAUGUCGUGAAUUUCUACGCGGUCAAUGUGCGCGAUCAGAUCAAGAAUGUAAAUUUGCUCAUCCACCACCAAAUGUUGACGUGCAACAAGGACGGGUCACUGCAUGUUAUGAUAGUAUUAAGGUACAGUACUUUUGUUCUUUCUCUAAACUUUUGCACAGAAAAAAUAUAUGUGUCCCAUGAGUGACCAAUAUAUUGAUGAUAAAUGUGUGUCGCAAAACGCCAAGUAUGAUGAAGAGAGUUUGUGCUCCAGUAAAUUCUCUAGAGACUUUGAGCCCUUCUUUCUUCCUUUUUUCUUCGCAAAUUUUUGUCUUGUUCUAUUCUUGGGGUAAAAUAAAAUAAGAACCUGCUGACACAUCUCGGGGGAAUUUUUGAAAGAACAGAAGGACGGAGACAUAACACAAUUAACAAUAAAAUGAGGAGGAUGAGGAAAAAGGAGAUGGUUGUUUUUGAAGGGACCAUAUUUAUCUUAUAUUUCGAUCUGUUUUUGGGGGAAAAAUAGAAGAAGGGGAAGAAAAAGGGGAGGAAGAAAAACACGGAAAUUUGAUUGGUCGUCAAACUGGUGUCAACAUAAUAAUGUAAUAGGAUUUUGAAAGAAAAUCGUAAAAUUUUGAUGAAAUUUUUCACGCAAAAAAGAAGCAGAAGAAUUCGAGAAAAACUAAAUGUUUUUGAAGGAGUCUGUCUGAACUUUGAAACAAAUCUCGAAUUUCUUACUGUCUGAAAAUUGUUCUCAGAAAUUGAAGCGAUUCGCUAGUUCUUAUUGUUAUGUAACAUCAAAAUGAAUUCGAAUUUAUUCAGGGAAGAUGCACAAGAGAAAAUCCAAAAUGUAAAUAUCUUCAUCCACCACAACACAUCAAGGAUCAAUUGUUGAUAAAUGGCAGAAAUCAUUUAGCUCUUAAAAAUCUGUUAUCAGCUCAAUUAAAUUCUGGAGGAAAUCAAGCCGCUAUCGUCAAUCCAAUGGCUCAAAUUGCAAUGGUAAAUUAUUUUUUGAUCUGCUUAUCUAACUUUGAAAAAAUGUUUUAGCAACAACAAGCUGCUGCCUCAAUUAACAUGAUGCCAAAUGCCCCACUUUAUCCAUAUUAUCAAGGACUUGUCUACUCACCAGUCCUUCAAGAUCCAUACACGGCAUCUCUCACACAGGUACGCCAAUUUUUCAGAUUUGUUGUAUUUAUAGUCUAUUUAUUAUUACAUUUUUUGGUUCAAUCCCCACUUUUUUGUAAUGCUGUCAGCACCCACCAAAGUUUUGCGCUAAAAAAACAUACAAAUAUUUUGAAUUUAUUCAUUAUUAUUUUUUGGAAAGCUAACAUUCAAAGCGUUGUGAUUGCUCUAAUUGACUGAAAUUGCAUGCCUGAAAUGAUGAUAUGUUUUUUCUCUACUCUACUCUCAAUUAUUUUAUUUUCGAAAAUAAACUGAAAUUUCGCAAUAAAAAAAUGGAAAAUCACCUGCUUUUUGUAUUUUCAAAACCUUCUAUUUUUAAGUUCAACAGUUUUCCCAGCUUUUUCUUAUAAGGGAAUAAGAAGCAUUUUCUAUCGCAAAAAAAGCAUGACAGCUAUGAUAAUUUAAUGCGAGAGAGGAAGAUUUUGAAACCUUUUAGAAAUUUUAGCUCAAAAAACACUAGAAGAAAAAAAUCAAAAAAAGAAAAACGUUUUUGCCCGGCUGACAGCGCUCUCUGUUUCUUUAGCAGCUGCAAACAGCCGCAUUGCUUGGCAACAUCAGCGGAACGGCGGCCGGAGCCGGAGCCGGCAUGCUUUCUGCGCACGCUGUAGCCGCCGCUCAACAAGCAUCGAUGGCGGCGGCUGCCGUCGCGGCAGCAUCCGCCGGUUCCGCCACAUCAACAUCUCAACAUCAACAGCAACUUCAUCAGCAGCAAUCACAACAUCGAAUCAAUCGAAAACGCGGAUUGGAAGAUGAUCAUAUACCAACAACGUCUACAUCUAUCACUGAUACGAAUCAUUUGUUAUUGGCUGCUGCUGCUGCGGUAUAAUACCAUUAAAAAUUUUUUUUAGUAUAAUCAGAAUUAAAAAAAAAUAGUUCAAAACAAAUUCUAGAGAAAUGCCUAAUGUGUUAUUUUUGGAGUGUUGUGAGCAUGAGACAAUUUUUACGUGGAACAGAUCGAAAUUUAUUUUAACAACUUCUUUUUUUGUUGCUUUUUUGGUGAAAUUUUUUUACUCACAUGAGAAUGAUGGUUUUCUUGAAACUUGCUUUUUAUAGAGUAUAUCGAAGGAGAGGGAGUCUUUGUUGGAUUCAUUUUUUGAACAAAAACACAAUACUAUUAAGGUUUUCUUGCCAACUUCCAACAUUUUUUCAAGUUAGAACUAGGCAUUCAAAAAUUCAUUAGAAUGAAGCACGAUACUCUGAAAUUUCAAAAACAAAUCAGAAAUCGGAUAAAUCUUCCAAAAUUCUGUAAGGUCUGUUUUAAUUUUCCUUGGUCCUAGGCUUCUUCUGUUCCAAAAGACCUUGGAUGUUUCACAAUUAGGAUUUUGUGUGGUAUAGUAACCUUGAAUUCUACGUGACACAGUGGUCUAUCCGCUUCAUAUCCCAAUUUUACGUUUAAAAAAUUGAUAUCUUCCUCUCCUUUAAAAAUUAAAAAAAAAUCAGAAAACCAUUAUUUUUGGAUGAGUCAAAAUAAACAAUCGAAAAUCCAAUUUAAAAUUUAUAAAAAAACAUUUUUUAGGGUGGAGUGCCUUGCAAAAGACCAACAAUGGAUAAAAAUGGAACCGUGGUGUUUCAACAAGCCGGGGGUCAACCGGUACAACAAUUCAAUCCAUAUUUGUUGCAAACUCUUCAGGGAUAUGUUCCAACUGUGCCGUGUGAGUAUAUCCCACAUCCACAAAUGCAACAUUAUUAGAAAAAUUCUAGUCAACGAUUUCUCAUCCCCCGUUUUUUUACACCCCCCAAUUUUUAUGGUUUUUCAAACACUUUGAUCUAGUCAUUUUCAAUAUGAUCUCCUUGUAUGCCUAACCACCAAUCAAAUGGGUACUUUUUUGCGCUUGUUUCUUUUGGGUGCUAAAAGCUGUGCUAUAUAUUCAUAAUGGAAAGAUAUCAUUACAUAUUUUUGUUGUUUCACACCAUCACAGUUUCUAACAGAAUUUCAAAUUCAAGAUCAGCCAGCAACAAGGAAAUUAUUUUGUUUUUUUUUUCAAAAAUAGUUUCCAAACUCACAUUUUCAUUUUAUUUUUGGUAAUCAUUUCUUUUCUUUGCAGUCAGUGGUCAGCUGCCGCCUCGCUACUAG